AUGGCGGAGACAUCCAGUGACCAGCCUCAGACUCCCGUAAAGCUCGCCAAGCAGCUCGUUGUGGACGCGGCCGCCGCCAUGGCUGCGUCGCUCGGCGUGGCCCCCUUCAUCACCAUCGUGGACCGUGCCAUUAUCGAGAACGCCAGCGGCGCCCGCCCACUUGGUCGUGGCCUUAAAGAGCUCAGCGCUGACUUUGUUAAGCACCCACUGCGCUUUAUUGGCAAGCGAGAGUUCCACCUCAUCUUCGGUCUUUACACAGCCACGUACGUCGCCGCCAACGUCGUCGACUCUGUGUGCGAGUACGCCGAGACGGACAACCAGAUGCCCAAAUUUAUCGGCACCACGGCCGUCAACAUGUCGCUCUGCAUUGCCAAGGAUCGCGCCUUCGCCCGUAUGUUCGGUGUCAUCGCACCCGCAGCUUUUCCGCUCACAUCUAUCGGCCUUUUUGCCGUGCGCGACUCCAUGACUUGCGGCGCGUCAUUUAACGCCCCCAAGGUGCUGGCCAAGAAGAUCGAGGACAAGGGUCUAAUGGAAAAGUCUGGCGCCAACACCUUCGCGCAGCUCGUCUGUCCCGCAGCCGUGCAAUUCUUGUCCACACCGCUGCACCUGCUGGGUCUUGAUCUGUACAACAACAACGGCCACGCUAUGUCGCAACGUGUGGGCUUCAUCCAGCGUGAAUACGUCAAAUCUGUGCUAGCCCGUGUCGGCCGUAUCGGACCUGCCUUCGGUAUCGGCGGUGUGGGCAACGCCUACUUCCGGAACACGCUCCGCGCCAAGUUGGAUUAG